AUGACCACUCUCAAAUCAAUUCCUGUUUCCAUGGAAGAUAGAUUACCUAAUUUUAUGUCGGAUACUUCACCAAUCUCUUGUAUGGUGUGGAAUGUACAGGGGGCGGGCAGUCGUUUCUUUGUUUCAAGCCUCAAAGAACUCGUUCGUACCCACAAACCUGAUGUACUGGUACUAGUUGAGACACACAUGGGGGGCAAUCAAGCCACUCAAAUUGCUACUAUUCUUGGGUAUCGUGGGCACACUCGAGUGGAUGCCUUAGGGUUCAGCGGCGGGAUUUGGGUUUACUGGAAACCAGAACUUGUCUCAGUAGAACCCAUCUUAAAGCACAAUCAACACAUCACAAUGGACAUCACUAGAAUUGGUGGUCAACCCUGGUUCUUCACGGCAAUUUAUGCCAGCCCUGACCCGACCAAAAGACAAGAGCUUUGGUCCGAACUAGAGAGAUUUGCAUCCACUCAUAACCAGCCUUGGCUGGUAGCUGGAGACUUUAAUGAAACUAGGUAUGGGUGGGAACGAAACAACUCUUGCUCGGAAACUACUCGCAGAUCCACUAGGUUCAAUAACUGGAUUGAAGAUAUGCAACUUCUUGAAGUUGAAUUUGUUGGAGCAUCACACACCUGGGCUAGGGGUCACACUGAAGAAACUAGGCGUAGUGCUCGUCUGGAUCGAGCUCUAUGUAACAGUGAAUGGAGUUUACGGUUUGCGAAUGCCAAAGUUAAACAUCUACCAGCCAUCAACUCAGAUCACUGUCCCUUAUUUAUAUCCCCCAAUGGCUUCGUUCCUCUACAAGCUAUCAAUAGACCAUUCAGGUUUCAAGCCGCGUGGCUGACUCACGAAGGGUUCCAGGAGUUCGUUAAUGACAAAUGGGAUGGAAAUAUCCCACUACCCAACUCUCUCGCCAAACUUUCAGACGCCCUGCUGUAG